AGAGUGUUGUGUUAUUGUUAUGAGUGUUGUGUUAUUGUUAUGUAAGACCAAGGAGGAUCCUAUCCCAAAGGAGAAGGAGGAGGAGUAGGAGCUAGCCUUAGGGGCGGAAUCGAUUGAUUACGAGAUAAACAAUGAGACAAAGAAGAGCACUUAGACGAGUCAGCCAAAAAGAAAGACCACCAAAAGUAACGACCACCAAGAUAGGCAUAGUAAUUCGAUCUUUUGAUGACCCAUUAUUGGAAAACCAUUUUUGGGGGCUUCCGCCUUACACACGGAAGAUUGGAUUGCCUGAAUCACGAGUGUUAUAUGCUGUGUUACGAUCACCUCAUAUUGAUAAAAAGUCCAGAGAACAAUUUUUUAUGAAAAUCAAGAAAGAAUUUCUGGUCAUAAAAACAGAAAGGCAUGAAUUGCGCAAGAAGUUCAUUCGGUUAAAACGCCGUCGUAUAUUUGGAGCUCAAUAUGAAAUCCUAUUUUCUUGCAAGACCCGUUCGGAUAAGGGAAAACUCCAGAGAUUGCUUCGAAAUAAGAUCCUUGCGUUGACCCUUUCCUGAACCAGAACCGGGGGAGGAUGAGAGGAAAAGGGGA